UUCCCAGUGCCGCGCGGGGCGCAACCGCUUUGCAAUCCCCCAGGGCGGAGCGCGGCUGCUUUUGCGCGUCGGCACCGGGCCGGGCCGGGCUGGGGGAGGAGGAGCGGAAGGAAGAAGAGUAGUGGAAGGAAGAGCAGCAGCAGAACCGAGCGGCUCACUCGCUCGCCCGCUCUAGGCCGCAGCUUCCCCGACUUCCCCGGCAUCACCCCUCCCCCCGGAAGCCGCAGGUGAGCUGGGAGGGGGAGCUCGCCCCAAAUCCAUCGUGGGGAGGUCUCCUGGAGGUUUCUUUGUGGGGCAGGAGAUGUUUGGAUCUUGCAGGACCCCGAAGCUCAGCCGGAAAUGCCCCGGGAGGGAUCUUGGCGGGUCCCACAUUGCGAUCGCUCGUUCUGGCGGAGAGGGGGCGAGAUCGGUUCUGGGGAUAUCCGGGAGAGCCGUGGGGGAAUACGGGAACCCCGGAGCGGGGAGAGCGCAGAGGGGCGAUCCCGGAGCCGGGGGACCCCCGGCAGCCUGGAGGGGUGUGGGAGGUUGGUGAUAAGCGGCCCCAGGCUCUCUGAGGCUGAAAGGGGCACUGGCUUGUCCAGCUGAACUUGGCCCGCAGGAACAUAAACCCAACGCGCUCAACCCUUGUUUUCCCCCAAAAAUGGAUUUCCCAUUCCUAAACCUUGGCCCGAUGGAGGAGGAGGCCGUGAGGAAGAAGAACAUGCCCCCGGAGCCCCAGGCAGACAAGGAGCUGAGGAUGGAGACCAGGGAGGACAAAUCCCUGCAGCAGAACCUUGUGGAAGAGGCUGUUUGGAGCAGCUCCAUUGCGCAGGAAACCAGCGAGGAGGAAAAGCCCGGGAGAUCCCACAUGAGGAUGGGCUGCAAACACAGUUCUUGGGUAUCCGAGGAGGAGAACCAGGGCCAAAGAACCGGACAGAGCUGCAGCCAGAGCUCAGAGCUGGGGUUCCAUGAGCAUCUUCAUGAUGCGGAUAAGCCCCACAAGUGUUCAAAUUGUGGGAAGAGCUUCAGCAAGCGAUCCUCCCUGAUCUGCCACUGGAGAAUCCACAUGGGGGAACGGCCCUAUGAGUGUGGGGAGUGUGGAAAGAGCUUCAGUACGAGAUUCAAACUGAUCCGCCACCAGAUGAUCCAUACUGGGGAGAGGCCCUAUGAAUGUGACAUAUGCAGGAAGAGGUUUCAGACCAGCUCCAAUCUCCUCAUGCAUCAGCGGAUUCACACAGAAGAGAGGCCCUUCCGCUGCCCUGACUGUGGGAAGGGCUUCAAAUACAACUCCCGCCUUGUCUCCCACAGGCGCAUCCACACUGGGGAGAUGCCCUAUGAGUGUGGGCAGUGUGGGAAGUGCUUCAGGACAAGCUCUGAACUGAUUGUCCACCAAAGGAUCCACACAGGGGAACAGCCCUAUGAGUGUGAUAAAUGCAGCAAGAGGUUUCUGACCAGCUCCAGUCUCCUCCUGCACCAGCGCAUUCACAUAGAGGAGAGGCCCUUCUGCUGCCCCGACUGCGGGAAGGGCUUCAGGCACAACUCCAACCUCGUCACCCACCGGCGCAUCCACACUGGGGAGAGGCCCUAUGAGUGUUCUGAGUGUGGGAAGAGCUUUUCACAGAGCUCUCACCUGACCAAACACCAACGGAGGCACCACUAAGGGAAGCCCCAUGAGUGCCCCAAGUGUGGGAAGAGCUUCUCACAGAGCUCUCAUUUCACCAGAUACCAAGAUGCACCACUGAGGGAAGCCCUGCAAGUGCCCGGAGUGCAAGAAGAGCUUUGUGCCAGUCUAAGGUUGCAAUGCAGCAACUCCCUCGGCUGCGGCAGCAUCACCCCCCCCUCGGACUCCGCAGGGAUCUUGCUGGACCCGGAGCCGGGGGACCCCCGGCAGCCUGGAGGGGUGCGGGAGGGGAAGGAGACCAGGAAGGACAAAUCCCCGCAGCAGAACCUCGUGGAAGAGGCCGUUUUGAGCAGCUCCACGGUGCAGCAAUCCAACGGGGAGGAAAAGCCCUGGAGAUCCCGCAUGAGGAGGGGCUGCAAGUGCAGAUCACGGGGAUCCCAGGAGGAAAGACGCGGCCAGAGCUCGGAGCUGGUGGUCCAUGAGCAGCUUUAUGAUGGGAAGAAGCCCCACAAGUGCUCAAAAGUUGGGAAGAGCUUCAGUCAGAAAUCCAACCUCAUCUGCCACUGGAGAAUCCACACGGGGGAGCAGCCCUAUGAACGUGGGGAAUGCGGAAAGAGCUUCAGGAUAAGUUCAGAAUUGACUGUCCACCAAAGGAGCCACACAGGGGAGAGGCCCUUUGAGUGUGAUAAGUGCUGGAAGAGAUUUCAGAGCAGUUCUGAUCUGCUCAAGCACUAUCGCAUUCACAUGGAUGAGAGGCCCUUCUGCUGCCCUGACUGUGGGAGGGGCGUCAAGCAAAACUGCACCCUCAUCAGGCACCGGCGCAUCCACACCGGGGAGACGCCCUACGGGUGUGGGGAGUGUGGGAGGAGAUUCUCACAGCACUCUAACUUGAUCAUACACCAACAGAGUUUCCACUAA